GCCAUCCUGGAGGUGAUACAGGCGCAGCAGCAUCCAUGGCCUGCCCGUAGCCGCGGCAUUCCCGCUCCUUCCUCCUCCUCCUCGUCCUCCUCCUCCUCCUCCCCGCCGCCCGGGAAGCGCUGCUGACGGGGGAUCGCGCUCUCCUGCGUUUUUUUCAGGCUCCUCGGAAAUUGAGGAAUGCAAUUCUGCCACCAUGAUGGAAGGAUUGAAAAAACGCACCAGGAAGGCCUUUGGCAUACGCAAGAAAGAAAAGGACACUGAUUCCACAGGGUCACCAGACAGGGAUGGCAUCAAGAAAACCAAUGGAGCCCCAAAUGGAUUUUAUGCGGAGAUCGACUGGGACAGAUACAACUCACCUGAGCUGGAUGAGGAGGGCUACAGCAUCCGACCCGAGGAACCAGGAUCUACCAAAGGAAAGCACUUCUACUCCUCCAGCGAGUCGGAGGAGGAGGAGGAGGCGCACAAGAAAUUCAACAUCAAGAUCAAGCCCCUGCAGGCCAAGGACGUCCUGCGCAGCGCGGCCACCGUGGACGAGCUCAAGGCCUCCGUGGGCAACAUUGCACUUUCUCCAUCCCCCGUGAGGAAAAGUCCGCGGCGCAGCCCGGGGACGAUUAAAAGGAAUUUAUCCAGUGAGGAGAUCACGCGGCCCCGGCGCUCCACGCCCACGCCAGACCCCGGCAGCAAGAAGCCCGGGGAGGAUCCGGCGGCGCUGGCCCCGCUCUUCGGGCCCCCGCUGGAGUCGGCCUUCGAGGAGCACAAGCUGGACGCUGCUCUGGACCAGCCUGAGAUAUGGGGGUCAGUCCAGCCCAUCAACACAAACGUAGAGUCCCCAAAACUUCCAAGACCUUUUCCAACUGGAACCCCUCCGCCGCUCCCCCCGAAGAACAUCCCGGCCACGCCGCCGCGCACCGGCUCCCCCCUGCCCCCGGGCAUCGGAGGGGACCAGGCAGCAGCAGAGCCCAAACGGGACAAACUCCCGUCCAUCAAUGACUUGGACAGCAUUUUUGGCCCCGUGCCGUCCCCCAAAUCUGCUGCUGCCACCGCAGAAGACAAGUGGGUCAAUUUUUCCGAUCAAUCCCCGGAAAGCGCGCCUCCGGAAUUGUCGCCCCGGGACAAAGCGCCGUCCCCGCCGGCGGCCGCGGGCAGCCCGGCCAGCGCUCCGGCCGAGCCUCCCCGCCCGCUGCCCUCGCCGCUGCAGCUGGAAGACGCUCCCAAGAAGCUUCCCGAGCAGCCCCACCUUAAGGAUGAUUCCUCCGAGCCGGUCGCCUCUCCCAAAGAUUUUGGGCCGGGCCAAAGAGCCACCCCGCCGCCCCCUCCGCCGCCCACCUACCGCGCGGUGGUGUCGUCCCCCGGACCGGGCGCCAGCACGGGAAGCACCAGCGGUUCCUCGUCCCCGGCUCGCCCCGCAACGCCGCUGGCCACGUGUGGCACCCCCCCGCCGCCGCCGCCCCGGCCCCCGUCCCGGCCCAAGCUGCCCCCCGGCAAACCCCCCGUCAGCGACGUGUCCAGGCCUUUUAGCCCUCCCAUCCACUCCUCCAGCCCUCCUCCGAUAGCACCUUUAGCCCGUGCUGAAAGUACUUCUUCCAUAUCUUCCACCAAUUCCCUGAGUGCAGCCACCACUCCCACCGUUGAGAAUGAACAGCCUUCCCUCGUUUGGUUUGACAGAGGAAAGUUUUAUUUGACUUUCGAAGGCUCGUCGCGGGGCCCCAGCCCCCUGACCAUGGGGGCACAGGACACCCUGCCCGUGGCCGCCGCCUUCACCGAAACCGUCAACGCGUACUUCAAAGGGGCUGACCCCAACAAGUGCAUCGUGAAGAUCACGGGGGAGAUGGUGCUGUCCUUCCCGGCGGGCAUCACCCGACACUUUGCCAACAACCCCGCUCCAGCCGUGCUCACCUUCCGCGUGCUCAACUUCAACAGGCUGGAGCACGUCCUGCCAAACCCCCAGCUGCUCUGCUGUGACAACGGGCAGAGUGACUCCAACUCCAAGGAGUUCUGGGUCAACAUGCCAAAUCUGAUGACUCACCUAAAGAAGGUAUCGGAACAGAAACCUCAAGCCACCUAUUACAAUGUGGAUAUGCUCAAAUACCAGGUAUCUGCCCAGGGUAUUCAGUCUACUCCAUUAAACCUUGCAGUGAGCUGGCGGUGUGACCCUGCAAGCACUGACCUGCGCAUCGACUACAAAUACAAUACAGAGGCAAUGACCACGCCUGUAGCUCUAAACAACGUCCAGUUCCUCGUCCCCGUCGACGGAGGAGUAACCAAACUUCAAGCUGUGCUUCCUCCUGCUGUCUGGAAUGCUGAACAGCAAAGGAUAUUGUGGAAGAUCCCUGAUAUCUCCCAGAAGUCAGAAAACGGAGGUGUGGGGUCGCUGCUGGCGCGGUUCCAGCUGUCCGAGGGGCCCAGCUCGCCGGCCCCGCUGGCCGUGCAGUUCACCAGCGAGGGCAGCACCUUGUCCAGCUGCGACAUCGAGCUGGUGGGCGCCGGCUACCGCUUCUCCCUCAUCAAGAAGAGGUUUGCGGCAGGUAAAUAUUUGGCGGAUAACUGAUGGAAGCUUAUGCAAGUCUAUGGAAAAUACUAUGGAAAAUACCCAAGGACUGCUGUGCGUGGAACGGGUUUUAAUUACAGUUUAAGGAAAAUGAACUAAAUCCUGCACUCGGGACAUUUCUGUUGGAAGUGUCGACAACUUUCAGCAUUUAUUUUUUCCUUGGAAAACACCGUCUUGACCAGUCCUCCAGUAUUUACUUCUAGAUGUAACAUUGUUAAUGGUUUUAAAAUGUAAUUAUUGUAUUUGUAAAUUGUACUCAUUCCAGUAAGGCUGUAUUUUGGCAGUUAGACACUUGAGUUUUAGCAUUUUACCAUUCAUGAAAUGGAUGUAAUUUAAACUGUGGUAUAUAAAUCUAAUAGUAGUACUGUUGAAUGGCACAAUGCUUACAGAGGUAGAUUGCAUUUUGUCAAUAUAUACAAUUUAAAUACGAUACUGGUAGCUGUUAUGAAGGGGGUGCCUCAUCAAAAGAGAGUUCAGUAGGGCCCACAGGCUGAUUUAAUUUUCCUUCAGUCCUUAGUACGUCUCACAGCGAUCAAUAAAAAGCUCAACCUUCAGGUUUAGCUGGUUUAACUCCAGAAAAAUAUUCUUGGAAAGAUGGAGGUCCCUAGGACAGUCUCCCAGGAAGGAAAUCUCACUUCUGCAGGGAGUAUUUACUCCAAAUUUCCAGCCCCGUGUUCUCUUACAGCUGCAGAUGCCCUGUUGGAAUCCCAGCAGCGCUUCCCUGCCCCGUGCCCGGGUAUUUUGUGGGGAUGCAGAUGAGGAAAGAGGCAGCAAAGAGGCUGGGUGGUCCCUCUGAGCUCCCAGCACUGGCACAAAAUGUCAAUGUUGGGUUUGAGGAUGCGUUUUCCGAGCUGCCUCCGGACGUUUGGUUGCGUUUUUGCGUUGCUUUGCUGGCUUUUUUCUGCCUUUCUCCCCCAUUUCUGAAAGCUCUACGGGUUUAGAAAAUGCUUUAUAGAAUGGCAGCUGCACCUGCUGCUCUAUUUUAGCACUCAGGCAGGAAAAUGUGUAUGGAAAAACACCGGGAAAGAAUUCCCCAGGGAGCAGGAGCAGCAUGGGGGCUGUUUGGUACCCACCAGGGCAGGAGCCCAGCUCGCCAGCAUUGGGAGCAGCUGUCUUGUAGAGAUGGGAAAACACAUGGAAGUGCUAAACUGGAGAAUGGGGGACAAAAUAUUGUCCCUCUGUGUUUUCCCCGUCCCACUGAGUGCUGCUCAUUCCUGUGGAUCUCAUCCCACUCCUGGCAGCACGGGGAGAGCGUUGGUGGCAUCCAUGGUGCUGCAGCUGCUGAGCUGGGCUUGUUAAAUGGGAGAACUUGGCAAUUUUGGGAAGAAAAAUGAAGGAAUCUUUGUGAAAUCAAACACAGAUGCACAGAGGAGCAUCCAUGAAUGGGGUGCUGGGACUUUGGGAAUGUGUGAGGUGACAAAAAGUGCUGAUUUUCCAAGUGUUGCCAGGAUUGCAGUGGUGCACUUACACUGGAAAACAGCCUGGGCAUGUUGGGAAGUGCUUGCUCACGGAGCAGUCUGAUGAAGGAAAACACAGAUCUGUGCCCAUCUUAAGAGACAAGAAGGAAAUGUGGGGGUAUUUCAGGUGUGAGGUGGCUUCCAGGCUGAGAUCUGGGGGGUGAGCUGUGUGUGAGUUGACAGAAGGCAGCAGCAGGAAAGGAGAAGCACAAUUCACUCCUGCAGCUUCCCACACCCUCACAGAUUUUGGGAGUGCAGUCCCCAGUGUUCCACUCCAUGAAUGAUUUUCCCCCUGAACUGGAAAUUUGUAUAAAGUGUGGAGCUCAGCCCUUUCUGACACAGAAAUAUAGGGGCAAACCCUAAGAAUCAGGUUUAUGGUGUGUACAAUUGCUCCAAACCCACCCUUCCAAAAGAGAUCUAUGGCACAGACCUGAAAAAAAAAAAAGAUUUAUAAUGUAAAUAUUACCAGAACAUAGAGAUUUUACUUUAUAUUUCAUUUGAAAGACAAGGUGUUUACAUUAGCAUUGGGUUUUUGAGUGCUUUUUAAACAGAAAAAAACCCAUAACCCAAAGCUCCCAAGCUCAUCCUGUUUGAGCUGGUGAACAAAACAGAGGUCACUUUUUUGGGACGCAGCCCUCAUGGCCUGGAGAGAGAGAUGGGAACAGCCUGGGACAUUUUGUCCUUUUUCUGGGACGUGUGGGAUGUGCCAGCACUCCCAGCCCCACAGGGACACAGUCCCAGCUCCGGGCACUGGCAGGUGACACCAACCCUGUGACACUGGGACCAAAAGCAGCGAUUUGGGACAGGUUUUUCCAUCCUGCUCUAGGCAGUUUUUGGAAGAGUGUUUUCUCAGAGUGCCCUGGGGUUUGUUGGGAGCUUGGUGAGAGCACCUGGCUCCAGAGAGGGACCUGUAGUGCUCAGGGCAUUCAAGUUCUGCAGGCUUCACCUCAGCCCUUAGGAAGGAAAAUCUGUGUAUUUUCAGGGAAUUCAUCUGUUUGGGGUUGCCUGCCCCCUCACAGAGAGCAGGGAGGUGAAAUGGCACUGAUUUGGUUUCAUGCACAUCCCAGACUGGUUUGGGUGGGAAGAGUUCUUAAAAACCAUCCUGUUCCACCCCCUGUUGUGGCAGAGACACUUUCCACCAUCCCAGGCUGCUCCAGCCUGGCCUUGGGCACUGCCAGGGAUCCAGGGGCAAAUUCUAUUCCAGGGUCUCCCCACCCUCCCAGCCAGGAAUUCCUUCCCAAUAUCCAUCUGAAUCUACCCAUUUUCAGCUUCCAGCCACUCCCUGUGUCCUGUCCCUCCCUGCCUUGUCCCCAGUCCCUCUGCAGCUCUCCUGGAGCCCCUUCAGGUCCUGCCAGGGGCUCUGAGCUCUCCCUGGAUCCUUCUCCUCUCCAGGUGAGCGCCCCCAGCUCUCCCUGGAUCCUUCUCCUCUCCAGGUGAGCACCCCCAGCUCUCCCUGGAUCCUUCUCCUCUCCAGGUGAGCACCCCCAGCUCUCCCUGGAUCCUUCUCCUCUCCAGGUGAGCACCCCCAGCUCUCCCUGGAUCCUUCUCCUCUCCAGGGGAGCACCCCCAGCUCUCCCUGGAUCCUUCUCCUCUCCAGGUGAGCACCCCCAGCUCUCCCUGGAUCCUUCUCCUCUCCAGGUGAGCACCCCCAGCUCUCCCUGGAUCCUUCUCCUCUCCAGGUGAGCACCCCCAGCUCUCCCAGCCUGGCUCCAGCCCUUGGAGCAUUCCCAGAGGGAAGCACCACAGCUCUGUUUCCCAGCAGGGCUUUUCCCAAGCCAGGCUGAGGCUGGAGAGGGGGCUCAUCCCUUUGGCACUGCCCAGCCCUGGCACCCCUGAGCUCAGCAGCACCAGGAUCCAUCUGGGUGAACAGAAGGAUAAAUAAAGGAGGCAUUCAAUCAUAAAAAUGUGAAUGCAUGCACAGUUUUAGCUGCUUUGCUUCCGUGGACAUUUCCCUUUAGACUCUGUCCUCAGCAGCCUCUCCCAAAGGAAUUUUCCCCUGGGAAUUUGGCAGCCCACACCUGCAGAGUCAAGGUCCCACUGGCAGAGCAGGGGAGUUUUUCCCCAUGGACACCUUCAGACGUGGAAUCUUACAUGGCAGGAGCAGGAAGUGGUUUUUUGCCACCUUUCUGCUGUUUGUUGCAAACAGUCACAUUUCUCAGCCAGCUCAUGGUGCUCCUCACAGGGGACCUUUCAGAGCAGUUUUCAACAUUAACAAUAUUUCUUAAUAACUCUAAAAUCUCUCAAUAGUAGGAAAAACCACCAAAUAACGAGCUUUUCAUUUGGUGUCUGCAUUUGCUCUUAAAUAUCACUGCCCUGUUUUACAUCUUCUUGGUUCUGUUGUCAUUCACUGGAAAGUGAAAUUAAUUUGUCUUCACUUUGCCCUUUCAGGUUUUGCCUAUCAUUUUUUAAAACUUACGUGGGAAAACCCUGCCAGUUGCUGUUGGAAUGCCCUGCCUUUGUAGCCAGGCAGAGCGGGGAUGGGAAGGGAAGGUACAGCCCCCCUGCCAUCCUUCCCGGGCUGCUCCCUGAGAUCCCUCCAGCAGGAGCAUCCGAAAAAAAGAGUCACCACCCCUUUCCCCCAGCAGAAGCAUUUUCAAAUGGCUGGAGUGCACUGAAAAGGUGACAGAUUUUUAAUUUACCUAAGAGAGAGUCAAACAUUCUUUCCCUACCCUUUUGUGGUUUUUGUGUGAAAAUAUCUUCGUUAAAACCCCUAAUUUUGAAGCUUGUCAUGACCAAAAUAUGUAACGCCACCCUGCUGUACUUUCCAGGUUAGAAAUUACUGUCUCAAAGAUUUCACUUCGUAGCCAGAAUUCUUCUGUUCCUCUUUCCCUCAAGAUUUCCCAAGGAAAUGAAUCUGUGUAGAGCCAGGGAGGUUUUAUGAUAAUCAGGAUUAUUCCAGCCAGGAUUUUAAUUCUUCUUUCACUGCAAGGCAAGGAAAAGAUUUGCAGGAAUACGCCCUGCUCCUGCCUGCCUUCCCCUGUCCCUUUAGGAGGGAUGAUGCUGCUGGCAGUGGCUCUUGGAACCACGAAAUUGGUGGUGAUGCUCUUCAAAGGCCUGGGGACAAGCAGGAUGUGGUGGAACACACCAGACCCCAGUGAGGCUUUGGGGGUGCCUUGUGCAUCCAUUGGAAAUCCCAGGUUUUCUGGGACAGCGGGAACGGCUGUGGAUGUGCUGCCCCCACUUUGGGCUCCUCAUCCGUGCAGGGAGGGGUUUUUCACUCCCGGACGUUCUAAGGUUGAUGGAAUCCCCCGGGUGCUCGGGUGACAUGAAACAAAGGGAGAUGUGGCGCGGUCUGAGCCAGGAUUUGGGUCGGGAUGUGCCGGGAAGCUCCCAGGGCUGGUGGGAGGAGGGCUCAGGAUGCGGGACAACCCCACUGUGACACCCCAGCAGUGAAUCAGAUAUCCCCAGGUAUCACCCUGGACCACUUAAUGAACCCCCUCGUGUAUAAAAUGUUUAUAAAUAUUUGUGGAUGAAGAUACACAGGUCUAUUUUUAAGAUUUAAGUUAAAUAAGUUAACGAAUGGCCGGCCUUUUCUGCCUAAACGUGCAAUGAGAUAUAUUAUACCUUUAGUCUACGAUGGCCUAGGUACUGCUUAGUCUGUGAUGAAAACUUUGCUGCUUUCCUACUGUUCUCAGAGAAAAAAAAAAAAAAAAAACAACAAAAAACCAACCUAUAAAAGACGUACAGGUUUGUUGCACAGGGACUACUGCAGCGAAGCUUUGUAUUUGACCACUGGUAAUAUGAAUGUGUUGUAUUGACUUGUUGAAGAUAAUCAUGAAACAACAUAUUUUAAAUGUUACUUGCCUUAUAGAUUAGAGUACGACUAUGUGGAUAUCAUUUUUGUAAAUACUGUUUUUUAUAAAUGUCUCUCCUCCAUCCUCCCCGUCACCAAUUUCACCGACUCUCAAAUAUGCAAUUAUUUACCAUGCAGAGCGUUGUGACAAAGAAAUCCCCACAUCAGAACAAAGUUUAUUCAUUCUAUACAUAAGAACCACAUGAAAUACCCAACUGAGUUGCAAUUUAAAUGUGAUUAUUAUUAUUAUUUUUUUUUCCUUGAAAAUAAACAACAAAACGUAAAACA